AACGUGGUCAUGUUAGUUGUAAACGAAAUAACGAAGCGGCAAUAUUAAAACAUUUGCAAAAGAAUUUUUUUUUUGAAAGCCAGUUCUAUUUUUUCCUGGAAUUUCUAAACAAUUAUUAGAAAAUUUAAAAAAAUCCAUUUAGAAGAACAAAAUUUUUAAGAAAAAAAUAAACGAAAUAAAUUAAAAUUAUUCACAUAUUUAAUAAGAAAAAAGAAAAUUAAUAAAAAUUUUAAAAUAAAUUGCUAGAAAAGUAAAUUACAUGAAUAGAAUUUAAGCUGUUUAAUCAGCAGAAUGAAAUAAAUUGUAAAAAUGUGGCAAAUGAAAUGAAAAGAAGCUUUAGCAGUGAUUUGUACCAAUUCACAAAAUGUGUAUGAGUGUAACGUGCAAUGAAUAAAUGAAUGAAUGUUCGUGUAUGUAAGAAUCAUGGUUUUCACUGGUACUACCACAACCUCCACAAUCAGAGUAUAACAAUGGAAGAAGCAACAACGCUAACAGUAACCCACAAUAUAAUUUGUUAGUACAAUUUAUAAAAAUGCCAAAAGUGUACAAACGUAAAUCCAUACAAACCCUUAAAACCACAUACUACUACAUUCACUCACCUGCACUUUCUCUUCCCCCAACCACCCGCAAGUAAAUUACAUACAGAAUUUUGUGAAUAAAAUAAAUUUUAAAAAAUUUGUUUGUGCAUUUUUUUUUUUUUUUUUGCAAAAUGUGGAAAAUAAAAAUGUUCCACUAUAAGUUUAUUUAGUGAAUAUUUAUGUUUGUGUGUUGAUUUGUAUGCUUGGAAAAAAUGUGCACUUGGUUUCACACAUAUACACAAACAUAGACGUUUGUUUGUUUGUGUGUAUGCAAGUUUAGAUGAGUGUACUUUAAAUAUAUGUUGCAAAAAAAAUGUGCAAAUGUUAACCUGGUUUUUAUGAAAAUAAAGUUGUUUUUUAUGAAAAUAAUAUUUUAAUGUUUCCCCAACAUAAGUGCAGCAUAUGUACUACAUCUAAAAGUUAUGUAGUUUUACUUUAACAUAAGUGCAGUAGUGUGAUUAUUUAUACCAGUAUGUUAACAUAGCAUUUAUGCAAUAGAGAAAAUUACACACAAGCAGCAAGUGAUACUAAAAAAGAACCUUAAAGAAAUUUAUAAAAAAAAUCUUAAAAUAAAAGUGAACAAAAAAAAAAUAAUUUUUCUAGUGAUCUUAGAUCUUAGCUUAUUGAUGGAGAAGAGUGUUUUUGACAUUAAGUUUUUCUUGCCUAGAAAUACUUUGCUGUAGGAAAAUCAUACAAGAAAAGUACUCAACAGUUUAAACAUUAAAUAUUUUCAAUUGAAAAACAAAUCAGCUCUCAAUCAAAGUAGUCAUACAAAGAAUUAUGCAGUCAUGUGGAUGUUAAUCAUUAUGUAAGCUGAUUUCUUUGAAUUUUACAACAAUAAUUUCGAAAUCAUCAUCACAACACUGAUUGAAGAAGGAAACCAUUGCGUUUACAUGCCACAACUGGAAAACGAUCAGCCAGUCAACCGAUUGCAUCAUGCAAAUGCAAACUUAUAUGCAAAACAAUAAAAAUUCCAAUGGGAAGUAUAUCCUGUAUGAUGAUUAAAAUUGGCAAAAACCAUAAUAGAGAAUCCAUGAGUUUAAAGUAAAUUUCUGAACAAAACAACAACAGCAAAUACAACAAUCCACUAUAACACUAAUAAUAACAAAGGCAUCAUAAUCAAAAAAUAUAUGAAUGAAAGAAAAAAAAAAUAAAACUGAACGUUGUAACAUUGGCUCAUUCAUGCAUUGAGGGCCAAAUACAAUAGGCUUUUGCUGGGUACUUCAACUGAAACACAUAAUCAUAUACCUUUACAAAAAAAUUAUAAUACACAUACACACACGUAUACAAAUGUGGAUUAUGCACUUACAUACACAUUUACUAACUACACAGAUAUAUAACAAUAGCCUGAUAUGCCAUGGCCCGAAACAAACUUAUCAAAAUAAUAAAAACCAACACAGCAGCAGCAAAAGAGUCACUAGCACCAGCAGUGGCAAUAGUUACGACAGCAGCAUUAACAACUACAACAACCCAAUCUUCUAUGAAAGUGAAUGCUUUACAGCAACAACAAGAGCAAAACGAAUACUCGCCCACACGAUUACAUCCAAAUUGCAACAAUUUUCAUCAACAGCACGAACAUCAUCAUCACCACUAUCGUCCAACAUCUCAUCAAGAACCAGAAUACAAAAACGAACAAUGCAUACACGACAACUGUUUUCAAAACUUUCUAGAGACUCCUGCCGUGUACUGUCUACGUGCCGAUAAUACUGCCCAGAGUAUAACGCUCUCCUUUAAGGUGAGAAGAAAAUCAAAGUAUUUCACCAAUACUCCUCGAACUUCUCUUAAUUUACCUCUGUUUGACACCCUGAAACGAUUUCGCAGCAUACCUCUGAUACAGUUGCUGUGGCUGCUGUGCUGUCUCAGUAAUAUUUUUCACAAAUCGAUGGCCGAGUGCCCCAGUACAUCUUUAACAGCGCCGAGAUGGAAAACGGGUUCAGCAUUUCAAUCAUCAACACCUCAGGACACAGUAAUGCAUUUAGAUGGCGGUGUUAGUGGCACACAAACGAGUGGCUUAAAAGACGACACAGAUUUGCAUAUACCACGUCUUAUUGACAUUGGGUCUAACCCCGAUUCUGCCUCAGCCUCUAUAUCUAGUAAAGUUGAUGCGGCUUCAAGACAAACUUCAGCCUACAAUCAUGUUGCCAAUUGGGUAACUACCUCUAUAGCAACAACGAAAAUAACAUCACCCCACAGUAAUCUUAAUAACAAUCAUACUUCGGUUGAUUAUUAUAGUUCACCCAAAGAAGAGGCCAAUUCAUCAAUAUUUAGUGGCAAAGAUUCAUCAGAUAAUGAUCUCUUCGAUAGCAACUAUCCGGAUCUGUUAGAUAUAGCUAAAUAUGCGGUAGCUCAGGCUACAAGUACAAAUCAAACUAAUGGGGCUUUGUGUACUCUGCCUAGGAAAUUAAAGAAUACCGGUAAAUAUUUUAAAAAUUCUUCGGACAGUCAAUCACCACUGCUGGCAGAUAAUUCGAGUAAAUAUGGCAGCAGUACUUUAGGAGAUGCUAGUUAUCUUAAUGAAAUCGCUUUGGGUAGAAGAUUCUCGGCGGAAUCUUCAUACUCUACAUAUGGUAGUACGGUCACCUAUACCAAGGGACAAAGAUCAAAUAGUUUUUUGAAUCUGGUGCAUAGUUCAAGUAAAAAUACUUUAGCUUCAUCCAAUAAUAAUAAUAAAACGACAGUAACGAGUAGUAGCACAGCUACGCGCAGAAAUCCCUCAUUACCCUCCUCACCGGUGCAUGAGUAUCAGCAGCAUCAAAGAUCGUUUAGUUCGGCUGCAACUCCUCUACUGGACUUUAGCUCUCUAACCAAUAGAUCGACGGUCACAACCGGCUCGGCCGUUACACCCAGUGGGUUAAGUACUUCAAUGCAUUGCAGUGGCACUAGUACCACCACACCGGUAACGGCCUAUGACUAUCAUGCAGCACAGCUGGAACGUUUUCUCGAAGAGUAUCGCAAUCUGCAAGAUCAAUUGUGUAAAAUGAAAGAGACUUGUGAGACUAUACGCAAAAAAGAAGUACCCCUUAGAGUGGGUAUGGGUCAUUCGGCCCAUGCCGCUGAUCCUGUGAUGUAUAAUGCUGCUUUGGCUGCGGCCAGCAGUCCUACUAGUAAUCCAAAAAUGACUUUAAAAUCGAAAACUACACUACCGGGACAACCACCAGAUCCUCCGCCAUAUUGGCUACAUCGCAAUGCAAUGCUAAAGCGUUUAAACGAACCACAGAAUGAUAUAUUCAAAAGCUAAUGAACCUGUGUACAGUUGCAAAUACAAUUAAGUCAAUUUAAUUUACGAUCUCAAAAAAGUUGUUGGUUUUAAGUUAAGAGAAAAAAUGUAAUGUAAAGGAAAAAAAAAAAGAAAUUUAAAUAAUUAAAAAAGUUUUUGCUAAGUGUAUUUAAUAAUGAAGGGUAAAUAAUUGAACGGCUUUCAAAGAAAGAAAAAAAAACUAAUAUUUGUUUAAAACAUUUAUUUCGAUCGAAUACAAUCCUUCUUAAAAGUUCACCUAACUUGUAGUUUUUUAUACUUAAAAGUUGAUUUAUAUAAUAAUAAAUCUUUGUUGCAGUGUUAUAUAACAACAUUUUUAACAACAUGACGUAUGAGCGAUAUUUAAUUAAUUAAUUAAUUAAUAAUAUCAUAUUACUCAUACCACCAGGUGUAAAAAUCGUGUAAUGUUUUACAAAAUGUCAAUAUAAUUUAAACAUAACUUCCAUAAAUUGGAAGUUAUGAAUUUCUGCUUUAUCUGUUCUCUUACUAAUCCCUUCUUCUAAAAUUAAAAUGAAUAAUAAACAAAAAAAAUUGAAUAUAUAUUUUUUCAUAAACUCUUAGUUCCUUUAUCCAAAGAAAUUAAAACAAAUUAUAUAAAUAAAAAUUAACAUUAAAAAAAUGAAGAAAAUAACAACAAAAAAGAAAAGAAGAGAUAUUUUGUAUUCAGUAUGAAAAUUAAGAAAAAAAACUCGCAUUUAUACAGCUAAGCUUCAAAACAUAUAACACACAUUCAUACAAACAUAUACAUACAUAUAAACAAACAAACAACAUAUCAAAAACUUACAUAAACAUACAAAAAUAUACUUAAUAUAUACAGGACAACAACCAGCUACAUAAUCAUACAUUUAUUCCAGAAAAAAUUAACAAAAAAAAAUAAAGAAAAUAAAAUAAAUCUUAAACAAACUGUAACAUAGCUACAAAAAUAAAUGAAAACCCCAAAAUUUUCUCUUUAACAUUUAAAUAAACCAAA